ACAGACACACCUUCUCUCUCUAGACUCUACACCGUCUCUCUCGUUCUCUCUAAACAAGCGAUUCCCCAAAUUAAAUCACUGUAAUAUAAGAGGUCAAAGGAGAUUACAAUGAUGUAAGGAGAUGAGAUUUCAACUCGUUUAAGGUAGCCAAGGAAUCUAAAACAGCUGGUAAAGCUAUUGGGAUCGACGUCGACAAAAUUAUAUUUGAUAGUGAAUUUAAAGCUUAUGUGCGGAGGCGGUGGAAGGGACGAAAGCCUUCAAACACGGAGAUAGAGAAGAUAGUUAGUAAAGACUUUAUUGAUUGGUUUCCUCGAAAGAUUGUUAAUCCAGACAUUUCAAAUACUAUGUCUGAUGAACUAAAGUUUUUAGCAGAUGGUCCAGCACCAUAUGCUAGAAGGUUUACAUCAUUCAAGAUCAAUGGGUUCAAAUUUCGGACAACAACUCGAGAGCAUGGGUUGAAAACGCAAAACAGUGGUUUUUUUUUGACUUCGUCCACAUCUUGUAUUGCCAGUGGUGCUGAUGGAAACCUGAGGCAAGCAGAUUUGCCAUAUUAUGGCAAAUUAGAAGACAUCAUUGAGCUUAACUACUAUCGAUUUAGGGUUACACUAUUCAAGUGUAAAUGGGCUGACACAACUAGGAAUAGAGGGUUUAGAAAGGAUGCAUGGGGAUUUCCUUCUGUUAAUUUUUCACAAUUGAUUCACAUUGGUGAUCGUGAAGAGCAUGAUCCAUAUAUUGAAGCUUCACAAGCUCAAAUGGUAUAUUAUGUGGAUGAUGAGGUGAAUAAAGGAUGGAGUACUGUUGUUCACUUGAAACCAAGAGACUUAUAUGAAAUGGGAGAAGGAGAGAAUGAAGUUCCUGAGAAUGAACCAUUUCCAGUGCAAGAGUUAGAUCAAUUCUUUGAUGAUGUGAAUGAUCUAAUUUUGAGUCGGGAGGAUGAAAUUGAUGAAGUAUUAGGUGAAUGCGAUAUUGAAGAUGAGAUUGGGGAAGAUGAACAUAUUUGAAGACCCACUGCCAACUCAUUUAGCUACUUUCUUUUAUUAAUGAAAUUUCAGUUGGUUUCUAUUUGUUUUGAUUCCCUUAAAUUUUAUUUGCUUGUGCUUAUUGCUUAGUUUAAACCAAGUUAAAGUUGCUCCUUAUACAGAGAAGUAGAGUCAUGUUGCAUGU